CCGCUGCGCGAUGCAGUGUGGGGAAUGGCUGGGGUUGGCUGAAGAGCGCACAGUGGAGUUUUAAUGUCCGCCAUGUUGGCCAUGGCGUAUUGAGGAGAGCGAGCGAGCGAGGAGCGGAGCGGCGCGGCCUCCCACCUCCCGGCUGCUCCGAGCGCCCGGACGGCGGGCUCCGCGCUCCGCCCCUCCAGUCCCCGGCAGCGGCGGGCGAGUGGGGACCGAACCCCCGGUUCUCCAUGAUCCCGCUGGCCGGGGCCGUUUCCCCAGAGCGGAGAGGUAUCUGCUGCGCCUGAGAUGAGUAAACUGUCGUUUCGGGCGCGGGCGCUAGACGCCUCGAAGCCGCUGCCGGUUUUCCGCUGUGAGGAUCUGCCCGACCUGCACGAAUACGCCUCGAUAAACCGGGCCGUGCCGCAGAUGCCCACCGGAAUGGAGAAGGAAGAGGAGUCGGAGCACCAUCUUCAGCGGGCUAUUUCAGCACAGCAGGUGUAUGGUGAGAAGAGGGAUAACAUGGUUAUACCAGUCCCGGAGGCGGAGAGCAACAUUGCUUACUACGAGUCCAUAUAUCCCGGGGAAUUUAAGAUGCCAAAGCAGCUCAUUCACAUACAGCCUUUUAGCCUGGAUGCCGAACAGCCCGACUAUGAUUUGGAUUCUGAAGAUGAAGUGUUUGUGAAUAAACUGAAGAAGAAGAUGGACAUCUGCCCAUUGCAAUUUGAGGAAAUGAUUGACCGUCUAGAAAAAGGCAGUGGUCAGCAGCCAGUCAGUCUGCAGGAAGCUAAACUACUGCUAAAAGAAGACGAUGAAUUAAUCAGAGAAGUUUAUGAAUACUGGAUUAAAAAGAGGAAAAGCUGUCGAGGGCCGUCUCUCAUCCCAUCAGUGAAACAGGAGAAACGAGACGGCUCCAGCACAAAUGACCCCUAUGUGGCUUUUAGAAGACGCACCGAAAAAAUGCAAACUCGAAAAAAUCGCAAAAAUGAUGAAGCCUCUUACGAAAAAAUGCUUAAGCUGCGUCGAGAUCUCAGUCGGGCUGUUACUAUUCUAGAGAUGAUAAAAAGAAGAGAAAAGAGUAAAAGGGAGCUAUUGCACUUAACCCUGGAAAUUAUGGAAAAGAGGUAUAACUUGGGCGACUACAGCGGCGAGAUCGUAUCCGAGGUUUUGGCGCAGAGACAGCCCGGGAAGCCCGCGUACGCCGCGCCCGCCGCCCCCAUCGCCAACAGCGCCCAGUACCGACACCAGGAAGCGGUGGACGCCAAGGAGUUCAAAGGCAGCAAGCAAGAUAAAGCCGAUCUCAUCCGACCCAAGCGUAAAUAUGAAAAGAAGCCCAAAGUCUUCCCGCCGGCCGCGGCCGCCGCGCCCCCGCAGGCCGGCCCCGCCGCGCUGCCCGGCUUCAACGCGAAAGACCUGAACCAGUACGACUUCCCCAGCUCGGACGAGGAGCCCCUGUCCCAGGUGUUGUCUGGCUCCUCGGAAGCGGAGGAAGAGAACGACCCCGACGGCUCCUUUGCUUUCCGCAGGAAGGCAGGCUGUCAGUACUACGCUCCUCAUUUAGACCAAACUGGCAACUGGCCUUGGACGAGCCCUGCAGAUGGGGGCCUCGGGGACGCGCGUUACCGAUACUGUCUGACGACCCUGACCGUGCCCCGCAGGUGCAUCGGCUUCGCGCGGAGGCGGCUGGGGCGCGGAGGGAGGGUCUUGCUGGACAGAGCUCACUCAGACUAUGACAGUGUGUUUCGCCAUCUGGACUUGGAAAUGCUUUCCUCUCCACAGCGUUCUCCAGUCAAUCAGUUUGCCAAUACCUCAGAAACAAAUACCUCGGACACAUCUUUCUCUAAAGACCUCAGUCAGAUACUAGUCAAUAUCAAAUCAUGUAGAUGGCGGCACUUCAGGCCUCGGACACCGUCCCUACAUGACAGUGACAAUGAUGAACUCUCCUGUAGAAAACUGUAUAGGAGUGUGAACCGAACAGGAACAGCACCGCCCGGGACCCAGACAUGCAGUACCUCCACGCAGAGUAAGAGCGGCGGCGGCGCGGCUCACUUCGCAUUUACAGCCGAGCAGUACCAGCACCAUCAGCAGCAGCUGGCACUAAUGCAGAAACAGCAGCUCGCACAGAUUCAGCAGCAGCAAGCAAGCAGCAGUUCCGCCACCAACACUCCACAGGGUUUUGUCUCCAAGACUCUGGAUUCUGCUAGUGCUCAGUUCGCCGCUUCUGCUUUGGUGACAUCAGAGCAGCUGAUGGGAUUCAAGAUGAAGGAUGACGUGGUGCUUGGAAUUGGGGUGAACGGCGUCCUUCCAGCCUCAGGCGUGUACAAGGGCCUACACCUCGGCGGUGCGGCGCCUGCAGCGCUUGUCCACACGAGCCCGUCGACGGCGGCCUCGGCGUUGCUGCAGCCGGCAAGCCUGACCCAGACUCCAGGGCCCCACAGCGCGCCGAGUCACCAGGUGACUGCUGCCAACUCUGCGCCAACUCAGGUUCUGAUUGGGAACAACAUUCGAUUGACUGUACCUUCAUCAGUUGCCACUGUAAACUCUAUUGCCCCUAUAAAUGCACGACAUAUACCCAGGACUUUAAGUGCUGUGCCAUCGUCUGCCUUAAAGCUGGCUGCCGCAGCAAACUGUCAAGUUUCCAAGGUCCCGUCCUCACCCUCCGUAGAUUCGGUCCCACGGGAAAAUCACGAAUCGGAAAAGCCAGCCCUGAACAACAUCGCGGACAACACAGUAGCGAUGGAGGUGACGUAGCCGCCCCAGAGGGGCCGCCGCCCGCGGAUGUGGUUAGGUGCUAUGCAUCGUCGCGUUGGAUGCAGGGGAUGAUGGAAUGCAGCUCGUGCGUUUCCGUGGCAGCUGUGAGGAGUUGACAGCAGUGCUCAUCUCUCACGCUUCAGUUUUUCUUUCCUUACUGUUAAUAGGAAAAAAAAAAUCAACACCUGUAAAUUAAGAAUACAGCAAUUAUCUGUACAGUACUGCUAUUUGUAAUACCCUUGUAUAUAUGUUCCUUGAAUACGGAAGUGUUCAUUUGUGAUGCUUUGCACUGGGGGUGGGGGUGGGCGGGAGAUAAAUUGCAACAAAGAGUGUGAGAUGUGAGGUUGUGUCGAGAUGCAGUCUCAUCACACGCGCAUGGUGUGGAGCCUGCUGUUUUAUCUAUUUAUUGUGCCGUGUUUACAGUUUUGUACACUGUACCUUCACUGGUUCCUGUGCUGUAGUAAAUGUGUUAGGUAGCUGUGGACUCCUUGGUGUUUUGUAAAUGGUAGAACAUGACCUGGUUCCCCUCUGGGUCCAUGAGUUUUCUGUGUAUCAUGUGAAAAAAAUGGUGACAUACAUACAGAAUUUUACAAAAAAAAAAAAAAAGGCAUCAAUUUAAAAAAAAACGGGGAAUGUACUGUUAAAUGGGGAUCUUCCUGGUCUGACAUCAUUAGGACAAGUAACAAGCUAAAAGUGAAGUCUCUUGACUCUUCCCGUCCCCGCCUGCCCGCGGCGCCGCGGGCCCCUCCGGUACUCACAGCACUAGCGUUGCGUCGCUGCUCUGCACACGGCCCGCAGCCCCCUUUCCUCCCACGCCGGAACGCGUUCAGUCAGGUCUGCAGACGGAGUCCUUACAACUGGAGUUUAUGUUGUCUUGCCCUUUUUUUAGCACAAGAGGAAAAUUGUACUUUUUAUUGUCGAAUUGUUUAAAAGACUUCAUUCUUUCCUUGUUCUUAGGAAAAGGAUAUAAGGGAGAAGAACGCAGUAAUUGCUGUACGUGUAUCAUCAUUCCAGUUUCUAAAAACAGCCAGCCAGCUUUUUUCCUUUUAAGAUUCUCCAGAAGGCUGCAAGGCCAGAACCACAACUAUCGGGUGCCUUCCUUUGGAAAUACAUGACUUCUCUUCUGUGAAGAGAGUGGUACUUAACAGACUACUACCAGAGCUUCGCCAGCACCGAAGUCUGAAUGCCCAGGCCGUUGGCAUACGUUAUCCUUAAGGUUUUUAAUCCCACCUGGAAAAAUUGUGAUAGAGUUCUCACAAAAUAAACCCAGGGCAUUACAUGUUGACAAACUAA